ACGCGUUUUUUUAAUAAUGAUGUCUAGUGUAUUAUAUUUACUUUUUACUCUGGCAUUUGUGACAACUUUUGGAGAUGUUCGCUUGACUGUACAAGACGAGUUCAUAUUAUGCCGUUCUUGUGGCAGCGACCUGGCUUCCUCUGAAUCAAUAAUUUCAAAGACAAGCUCGAGAUCUUGGUACUCUUUCAAUGAUACUUUGUACUCUAAAGAGGUCUUAGUGCAAGUGUUCUCAACUAGUGUAUUCUUCCACUAUCCAGUGAUAUCCUUUAGCCUUUCGACUUGUGUACCUACUGGGGAGUGGGAAGAAAGUACUUCUUGGUUUCCUGGUUACCGCUGGAAACCCUGUGUGUGCCCAGACUGUGGAGCCUAUGUUGGAUUUGUCUUUGAACCUAUCAACCUUAGUUUAGAGAAACCAUCAAAAACAUUUUAUGGGCUCAUCAUGACAACUCUUAUCAGCGAAAGUUGUAAAUAUUAUAAUUUUUAUAGUCCUCAACUCUUUGACUGUGUACCCUGAAGGUACAUCUAACUAAAUAUGGCUGAAUCAUUGACAGCUGAAGAAUUAGAAUUCUUAGCUAAGUGUGAGGAAGAACUGAAAGAUAGAUUCACUG